CGUUAUCCCACAAGACACCGCGCCACCCCCUCCUUUUCCGGCGGCUCGAGACCCUGAGUCAGGAAGAUGGGGCGCUACUCCUUGGACCCCGAGAAUCCCACCAAAUCCUGCAAGGCCAGGGGAUCAAAUCUCCGCGUCCAUUUCAAGAACACCCGUGAGACCGCACACACCAUCAAGGGCAUGCACAUCCGCAAGGCAACCAAGUACCUGAAGGAUGUGGUCCUCAUGAAGCAGUGCGUCCCUUUCCGUCGCUACAACGGUGGCGUGGGCCGCUGUGCCCAGGCCAAAGCAUGGGACUGGACACAGGGCCGUUGGCCCAAGAAGAGCGCCGAGUUCCUCCUGCAGCUGCUCAAGAACGCCGAGAGCAACGCUGAGUUCAAGGGCCUGGACGUGGACUCCCUGGUGAUCGAGCACAUCCAGGUGAACAAGGCCCCCCACAUGAGGCGCCGCACGUACCGCGCGCACGGACGCAUCAACCCCUACAUGAGCUCGCCGUGCCACAUCGAGCUGAUCCUCACCGAGAAGGAGCACGUCGUGCCCAAGCCAGAGGAGGAGGCGGCCGCCAAGAAGAAGGUUUCUCAGAAGAAGCUGAAGAAACAGAAGCUCAUGGCCCGGGAAUAGACAUCUCCCACCAGUCCUUGUCGAUUUAAUAAACACCUUAACUGAAAAUAAACAUUAAGUGGUCACGUA